AUGGAGCCAUCGUUCGACGAGGUUCGCUUCCCAGAGCCGAUUUGCACGCGGACAAUGGCACCCUGCGACAGCAGUGAAAUUGUCUUUGCCCUGCUGCUUUCAGACGGCCAUCCGUCCGUCGCCUGGCGCCGUGGAGACAGUCGGAGGGAAGCAAGGCGCGUUCGACGCCCUUUUCGCCUGUCACCGCCUCCUAGCUACAGUACACCUACCGAAGAACCCGUCGAAACACCGACAUCGCCUUUCUUUGCUUCUUCGCCGCCCGCUUCUUCUGAUGGCCACCGUCGCUGGUUGCUUCGUCUUGCGCGAAACAGAUAUUUAUCUGGCCCCACCUCUCCUCUCUCUGCUGAAAUCUUUAUCGUCGUUGUCCAUGAUAUCCUUCUGUCAAUGUUCAGGCGCCGCCUGACGAAUCGAGUAGCCUCACGGCUCGACGGAGACCGAGACGGCGACUAA